AAAAGAAUUGACUCUGAACAGCCUAAACAAAGUCGUCAAUAAUUCGAAUUUCACUUCCGUGAUGGCUACACGUUAUGGGAUAACACAUUUGCAUAAUGUCCGCUUAUGUUCUAUGUUGGCUGACCGCGAACAGCUCGACCCGCCCCACAAACACUGUAGCUUGUUCGUGCGGUUAACAUCAUGUCGAAAAGACGCUGCAUCUUACGCUGUGAAAGUAAAUUAGUUUUAUUUUCACUUCCAAAAGAUGAGGCUGCAAAAAAUCAGUGGUCAAAAUUCAAAUUCAAAUUUUUUCUUCCCACUGUACUACAGCAGUACAACCCCAAUCUUCUUUUGUGUUCCCGUCAUUUUACUGACGACUGCUUCUGUAAUCUUGGGGAGUUCAAUGCGGGAUUCACAAAACACUUGCUCUUGAAAGAUGGCUUAGUACUCAGUUUAUCUGGACCAGCUGGCUCCACUGAAUCACAAGUAUGUAAAUAGUAGAUAUUUAUACUUUCUAUCAAGCUUUCAAAAUACGGAACUAUAGCAAUGAGCGUAUCGUUUACGACACGUGCUGUACGUGGUAGACCAAUCACAACAGACUGGGCCUUCUGACCAAUCAGCAGAGUAGACUCGCGGAAAGGAGGGGUAUAGAGAGACUGAAUCUUAAAAUUGAUUCAAACUAAUUGUUUGUGAAUCGUUGGAAAAUGAGGUGAUAUUAAAUGCAUAUUUUGAGAAAACAAAAGUAUAUUUUUGACCUUGCUUGCAUGUAAAACUAUUGUAGGAGACUCCCAAAACAAUAUUAGGAACCUUAAAAGUGGCAUAAUAGGAGCACUUUAAAUGAUUAAAUCUAGAAAUUAUAGGUGAUCUGCAGAUCUAGUGGGCCAGAUCUAUGAAGUCCGAGGUUGACGGGUCGUGAUUCUUGGGUUAAAAAGAUCUUAUGAUGCGAUUCCUUAACAAUCUUGUUUGGGAGACAGCACUCUGUAGUAUGCCAUUAAUUAUGGUGAACCAGCAUAGAGAAGAUGUAAAGCUGAGAUAAAUUACUCUGGAUCUUCAUCUUACAGCGUGACUGCUUGUCUGCUAAACAACCAACCUCAGAUGGAGUAAAUCUUGGAGAUGCUUUGUAAUUUGUAUGGCGUCCUCUGGCAUGCUAGUGUCUAACCCUGGAUGGCUGGCACCCUUGGAAAAAGCUGACAAAGCCAAGAGAUGGGCUGGUUUCUUAUGUGGGUGAAGAAAAAUGCAGACACAACAUAAAACGGUUUUAACUGUGGGGAGGAUAUACAUUACCUGUUACCAUUUAACUUUUAAGUUAUUUCACUGGAUACUAAAAACUUACUUUCUAUGAAAUACACACAAUCAAAUCAGUAGGGUCCAGUAUUAAUUUGGACCUUGCUAACUUGGACAAAAUAAUUUGAAACAUUCUUCAAAAUAUCUUCCUUUGUAUUCCACAGAAGAAAGUAAGUCAUGACAUGAGGAUGAGUAAAUAAUUACAGCUUUAGGUGAACUAUUGCUUUGUGAGUAAAACUAAAACUAGGUAUAAAAGGAUACAACAGGGGUGUGACAUAAUGUAAUCUGUAAAUUAUGUCUCUUCACACUCAACCCACAGGAUUCACAUGGAUAAAACAAACCCAGAAGUUCUUCCAAACAAACAUUUCUUAUUUACAAACAAUUCAUAAACAUGCUUUUAAAAAAAAUACAAGUUUCACAUUUCUGCUUCUAAAUGCUUUGGCCUACUGACCUGCUUCCACUGCUGCACAGUACUGUAUGACAAUAAAUGUGUUUUCCAUUCAGUUUUACAACCUUAUGGAUGAGUCAUAAUUCUUUAGUAAUCUACCGCCUGCCACAAAUGCUGGCCACUGAAUAACCAAGAAUAUUCCUUGUGUCUGCAACUCAGCAUGAUCUAAUUAGGUUAUCCUGCUUUCAGAUAAUCUGCAAAUAAUUUGAACAUAUACAAAAUGUGCAUGUGAAGCUAAGUGGGAUGUUCAAAUUCUGCAUGCAGAUGUUUCUUGUGGUGGGUAUGUCAAGACCUUUGCUGCAUCUGCACACCCUCAAGACUCUCUCUCAACAAGACCGGGCAAAAACAGCAAACACAUCCUCCUCCAUAAAAACUCUUGAGUCACUUUUUCAAGAAACCGCCGGUCAAGCCUUCAGCUGUUUGCAGUGUCGGUGUGGGAGAAAGAAACCAUGUCUCAGCAGAUGUUGCUCUUGAUGGCGGUGUCCAUGUGGCUUUUUGCUGGGUACUUCCUGGCAGAGGCAACAUAUUACAACCACCAUAUGUACAACCGCUACCGUGCGCUCAAUCACCAUGCCAGCAUGGACAAUCAGCUUCCUCCAGAGGUACCUGUGGUGAUGGAAGCAGUGGCCCCUCGUCCGGUCAACUUCAGUCGCACCUUUUAUGGGAUCAUGUUUGAUGCGGGCAGCACCGGCACCCGUAUCCAUAUUUACAAGUUCAUUCAAAAAGACCCAGUGGAGCUUCCAGUGCUUGACAAUGAGAUGUACCAUGCCGUGAAGCCUGGACUGUCAGCGUACGCCGAUAUGCCCGAAAUGGGUGGAGAAACCAUUAGGCAGCUGUUGAAGGUCGCAAAGAAGACGAUUCCCAAAGAGCAAUGGAUACAGACACCUGUGGUUCUGAAAGCCACUGCCGGCUUGCGCCUGCUGCCUCAAGAAAAAGCCAAAGCUCUUUUGAAUGAGGUCAAAGAAAUUUUUGACGACUCUCCUUUCUUUGUGCCAAACAACAGUGUCACCAUCAUGAAUGGCACCAAUGAGGGGGUCUUGGCAUGGGUUACAGUAAACUUCCUCACAGGUCAUCUGUAUGCUAAAACAAGGAAAACCGUCGGGAUCCUGGAUUUGGGUGGGGGUUCAACUCAGAUUACUUUCCUUCCUCGUUUAAAGAAAACUGUGCUGACUGCUCCUUCAGACUACAUUGCCAAAAUCAACAUGUUCAACAGCACUUUUGAACUGUAUACUCACAGUUAUCUUGGUAAUGGACUAAUUGCUGCACGACUGGCAACUCUUGGCGCUCUUGGUGCUGAUGGUCUUGACUGGAAAAUUUUCAGAAGUUCUUGUUUACCAAAAAAAUUCAGAGAAGACUGGAGCUUUGGUGGACUCACCUACAAAGUCAGUGGAAUCCCAGAUGGUUUUGCAGGGUAUAAGUUGUGCUACCAAGAGGUAAUGCAGGUGGUGAAAGGGAUUGUGCACCAGCCCUUUGAAGUCAAGGGAAGCAGUAUCUUCUAUGCCUUCUCCUAUUACUAUGACAGAGCUGUGGAGUCUGGUCUCAUUGACGGGUCCCGUGGCGGUACUGUGGAAGUCAGGGAUUUUAAAAAGAGAGCCAAAGAAGUGUGCAACAAGAUGACUAAAUACCGUCCGAUCAGCCCCUUUUUGUGCAUGGACAUGACCUAUAUCACAUGCCUAUUGAAAGAGGGAUUUGGGUUCAAGGACAGCACUGUUCUGCAGCUUACUAAAAAGGUGAAUAAUGUGGAGACAAGCUGGGCACUUGGCGCCAUCUUCGACCAUUUCCACAAGCUCAACAUUCAUUAAAGCCUUCAGGCUUGCAGUGGACACCAGCAUGAGGGGGAGCACAGGGGUCAAGAAGGUGCAAAACUCACCUGCUGAAGCAGCCCCUCUUUAUCCUCCUCCAUAACUCUUUAAUUGAGUUUCAGACCUGCCCUGCACUGCAUCCCUAUAUCACAACGCUCUUCCCUCUCAUCAAUUAAACUCUUACAGAACUGUUCACAAAGAAAUCACUAUAUUUUUGUAAAGAUGGCCAGGCCAGCCUGCUAUUUCUACUGUAUGUUUACAUUUUUUUUCAGUUGCCGUCUCACCUGAGACACUGUCUGUUUGUCUAACUUGGCAGUUUUCAAAGUUCCAGUGUUUAAUGCACCCAUUUAAAGCUCCUGAUUCAUGCUGUUGUGCAGGAUAUUGUGCAGUGGGAUACAUGUAAAAACAUUGUGUUUAUUAUUGUAGCUUCUUCUGAAGUAACUUGUUAGUAGUAGUGCUUACACAGUAGUUUAGUGCUGUUUUAGGUUAUGGUAAGUUAUACUUAAAUGUCCAUUUAGUGCCCCUAUCUAGCACGUAACACUUUAUAGAGUAGAUGGUUCCGCUACAGCCAUCUGUAUGUGUUUUGGAAAGUUGUUUGGGAUCAGCAGCUUAACCUGGGUUUCAUUGGGCAGGUAGAGAUAAGGAUAAAUCAUACAUGUAAAGUCACUUUACUUGAGUGCUGUUUUACGUAUUAAUGAAUAAUGCAUGUAUUUACACUUAUCUGUUUGUAUGGUUGAAGAGCUGAGUUGGAACAUUUUUAGAAGCAUAUCACUCUUGGUGAAAAUCUAUAGAGGCUUUUUUUUUUUUUUUUUACCCAAGUUCUAACCAGACAUGGUUUUUAACACUGAAUGGCAUGUAGUUGAAUACACUUGCACUGCAGCCAUUAUCAAACUAAAAAAGGUAUAUAAAUGCUUACAUGGCUAAAUACUUGGAUAAAAUAUAACUCAAAUGACUACUGGUCAAAAGUUAUUAAAGUUAACUUUUUAUCAAAAUGGAGUUAUUUUUAUGCUAACAUGCAAACAUAGUUUAGAGUACCUUGAACCUCAUUUAUGUCUUUAAACUUGGGUUAGUUAUUGUGAAUGGCUCCAAGUCAUUUUAGGUGGUCAUUAUGUAGAACAGCGUUGAAAUGUUACUGCUUUGUGUAUGCAGAGAUGCUCAGGUGUAAAUGGGCAGAACUAGGUUAGAUUUUGUGACAGGUGCAUACUGCUGACCGAUUUAGGACCAAUUUUUGGCAGUAUCAUGUUAAGUGUGUUUUGUGAAUUAUUGUACAAAUAUUUAUUACACGAAUACUUGCUAAAUAUGCAGUGUCCAGUUGUUGCAUCUCGUUAAUCCAUCUGCUUCUUUAAAGCUGCUUAAGUAUACCUUUUUAUGUAUUUUACUAUGUCUGUAUAUACACUUCAGUAAUGUACUUUUUUUUUUUUUUUUUUAACCAGUUGUCAUAGUUACUGCUUGUACAUCAUGUACUGCUUUGCCAUUUGUAGAGGUAUUCUCGACAGCAAAUGCUAUA